GACACAUGCACACCUUUCACACAUUGGAAAAGAUCUGAACUCAAUCUGACAACUGCAGUCAGAAAGAUGUGCUGAAAGAUUGACUUUUUUUAAAUGACUGUUUGAUCAAGGUAUUGUAGACUGAAGAUUUGACCGUUGCACUGGUGUUUUCCACUCCCUACAUCAAUCACAAGAACCUAAACCCUCACAACAAGAUUGAAAGAUGACUAGUGUCACAAGUUCACCUUCAAGCUCCCAGCAGUGUAAAGAGAGAAAAGGUCACUUCAUACCUGUUGGAAACAUGUUAGCCUGAUUCAAACUUCUCCAAUGAUGGCAGUAAUGGUGAAGGUGAAAGCGUUGGGAAGUGUUUGUAUGAAAUACAACUGGUACAUUUGAAAGACAUAUAGUAAAAGCUAUUGAAUGUAAUGGCGAAUGGGGCACUUGUGAAACGAUUUGCUUGUAAACAAACCCCUCUCAACCUCUACAAUGAGACAAGUGUGAAAUAGUGACUCCUUUAUGUACAACAUGAUGAAAUUCAUUUAUGUGCCAAUCAUUAUACGUCUGAACGAAUAGUACAACAUUGUUUCAGGCUAUGUUCAGUGCGACUAUACAAGGUUACUUACAGGCUAUAUGUCCAGUGCUGUACAAACAGGGUUUCAGUCUAUGGUCAAGGCUAGAAAAACAAAGUUUUAGGCUAUGUUCAGUGCUACUAGAACAAGGUUUCAAGCCAUGUUCAGUGCUAGCAGUACAAGGUUUUAGCCUAUGUGCAGUGCUAAUAGUACAAAGUUUCAGGCUAGGUUCAGUGCCAGCAGAAUAAGGUUUCGGGCUAUGUUUAGUGCUAGCAGGGUGAGGUUUAAUGCAAUGUUCAUUGCUAGCAGAACAAGGUUGCAGGGCUUCACGCAAAGUUCAAUGCCAAGUCUGUAUAUAUAUGGGCUGUCUGGGUGGAAAGUAUCACCCCUCAGCGCAGAAUCCUAUGUCGCCGUGAUUUCAAAUGUAAAAAAAGAAAACGCCAACCACAUGGCAGCUGCGGCCUCCUCUAUAAGCAGUUCAUUCAUUUCAUUGAAACGAAUCCUGAUUAUAUUUAUCUAAUGUUAUCUAUCAUGAAUGGAGGUGAAAUGCAGUGCAAUAUUUUUUAGCACAUUCGUCUCGAGUUGUUGCAAUUUCAUAUGGCUGCUUGCUAAUUCAGUGCAUAAUAUUUUGAAUUGUGUAUGGUGAGUUGGAGAAGGUUGUACUUCCGCUAUUUGAAUGAGAAAAAUAAAGUUAUGCACUUCAUCACCAAUCACCUAGAGAACAUCUCCUUAUCAGGCAUGGAGCAUCAGUUGCAAUUCUAAAUCCAUAGGUUGUUGAGACGAAAUUAAAACCUUAUUUUAUGAAAUAAUUAUUUUUUCAUAAAUAAGGUAAUUAUAUUUUAAGUUAUUUUUUAAGUUAUUUUCGCAGGACAUUGGUAAUUAUUGUAUCGGUAAGCCGAAAACGUAUUGAUUUUCAUGUGUGGUUGUGAACUAUCGAGAUCAACAGUGAGGCUUCAUUCAGUCCAUGGCAUACUUCAUAGUACUGAGAUGGGGGCGCUGAUGGGAAAGGAAUUGCAGCGAGGCAUCAUGUGCCUGAAGACGGACUGCACAGGUCGUCCCUGCGCCUACAUUUUAAAGUGGAUUGUUUUUCCAAAGCUUUAAUGGAGCGGGUGCAAAAGCUGACUCAUUGAGGUCCGUCACUGGAGCUCAAGAGCACAAGCUCAACCACAAGAUCACCUGAUCUCAAACGAUGCAAGUCUACAACCGUCCAGUGAUCCUUGCUGUGUAUACUUUUCGUGGCAUGUCAACUGUAUUUCAAUUGGAGAACCAUAUUUCUGAACGAACAUCGUAGGUUUUCAGACCGUCCGGUACAAGAUCUCCAUGGGUUGAACCGUACCGCCAGAACUUCUUCAUCAUCAUCAGGGUCAUCGCCACCGAGUGACGAUGAUCGGUUCCCCCGACCUCUUAGUCUUCAGAGGUGGGGAGGGCUUCGUGGAGGCCAGCCACCACCAGGACACAAUGCCAAACGAGCUGUCGCUCCCUCUGGUGGCCCCCUCCAACCCCUGGUCCACCGCGGCCCAGUUCCACAGAGACUUCAUACUGGUGGCUGAAUUCUCAGAGCAGGUGGGCCCCCAACCGGUGAUGACCAUCCCGGACGACCCCCUGGUCCUGGGUUCCUUUGACCUCAACCACUUCUCCGUGCGCAUCAUGUCGGUGGACUACCAGGCGGCGUUCCCGGCCCCCGCCAACCCCUCCGCUUACCCCGGCCCGCGCAUCAACUUCACGGAGGACUCCCGGGUGGUGAUGGGCGACUCGGCCAACGGAGCCUUCGCCUACGUCCAGCACAUGACCCUGUACGACCUGGAGGCGCGGGGCUUCGUGCGGCCCUUCUGCAUGGCCUACGUGUCGUCGGACCAGGGCAAGCUGAUGGAGCGCUUCGGCGAGCUGUCGGCCUGCUUCACCCGGGCCUCGGACAGCCUGAAGACGGGCAACCGCCGCGCCUUCGCCAGCGAGCUGCAGAGGAAACUUCAGGAGCUUGAGUACACCCGAUUGAGUCUGCAGCAGGGGGCGGAGCUUCCGGACACCGCCGAGGGGACCCCCCACGUUGGCGAGACGGACGACGGCGAGCUUGAGGCUCUGGAACGCUCCAUCCUGAACUACCGGGAACUCCUGCGACAGGUGUCGUCCUACCCCAACAGGAAGCUGAAGCAGCCCGGCUUCCUGCCCUACGACCCGACCGACCACCUUGCUGAUCCUUUCUCGCCGUUGCCCCCCACGGCGGCGGCGGCGGCCUAUCCCCCCGGCCCCACCUCCUCCGUCGCCAGGCUGGAGCGGCGGCUGAAGACCCUGGAAGAGCUCAGCGACGCCUACUUUGUGUCCGUCACCGUGGAGCAGCUGACGGACACGGAGCGCCGUCUCCGCGGCGACCGGAGCGCGCUGCACAACGCCCGCUUGAUACGCGACCUCUCCAGGAGGCUUCCGCUGACCAACUUCCUGUUUGAUCACUGGGAUCCAGACGAGGGCCAGAGGGAGCGAGAGCAGGAGGAGGAGGAGGAGGAGGAGGAGAAAGGACGGUGGCCGAGUCUGGAGAGAUUCUUCUCCUGCACGGAGGAGCCCCACCUCGGGCCUCGGGUGGAGACGGAGGGCAGGGGAUCCCCCGCCGCGGAGGAGAGGGGCGUGGCAGAGAUGGCGGGCAGCGUGAGCAGCGGGGACAGCAUCGAGGUGCUGGGAACGGAGAGGUCGUACCGGACCCAACAGGCCGUCACGGGGGAGGACCACAGAGAAACAGCCUUUGUGAGGAAUGAGCUCUGCUUCAGACACGCGCCGCCAGAAGCGGCGUGCAGCCAGCGUGUGCGUGCGUACGCAACCCGCGGCAUCAGCGAGGACAGCAUCGAGGUCCUCAGUACCACCGACUCAAUCAUUAACCCGGAGGACCUGCAGGCCAUCACGGAGGAGGAUUCGGAGGACCGACCGACGCCGUACAGCAGCCUGGACCCGGAGCCACCGGUCCCGGGAGCAGGCGGUGAUGAGGGGGCACACAGUUUCAGGGAUUUUAUGGAGCAGGUGACGAUCCUGCGAGACGAGCGCAAGGAACCGCGGCGGAACGUCGGGGACAGAGGGAAAUAUUGGUCCCUGCGAAUCGAGGGGGAUUCACUCCACAGAGGAGAGGGCUCCGCAGCCCAGGGAGAUACGGGGGCAGGCCAUAGUGCAGGGAGAGAGCCGGUGCGUGAAGACGUCAUGCCGGAGAUCACAGCCAUGCAUCAAGUUGCUGAAAGAGCAGUAGCAGUUCCCUCCAUAUCUCCGACCCGUCUCAGAGGUGAGACAAUGGCGUCGGACCACCACGUGAAGUUUUCCUUCAAUCUGCCGCUGAGCGCUGCGUGGCCGCCGCCGUGUACUCGGACCAGGACCUCGAGUGUCGACGAGGCGUCCCAAUCCACCAGCUCCUCCAAAUCACCUACCCAGACCCAUACACCAGACGUCAACCUCCGCCUUAACCAGGGGAGAAAGAGAAAGGCCGGCCUCAGGGCUCUGAGAUUCAUCCAGCAGAACUCGUUUUCCCAGCAUGCCGUGUUUUGUCUGCUCAGUGGCCGGCCACUGAUAGUGAUUGGAGGAGAUGAGAGUCGUGUGAGGAAGUUGGUUUCGGCGCUCGCCCUGUUCCUGCCCGCAUCCGGUCCAGAUAGGAACAAUGUGCUGCCUUUCUUAGCCAAGCCCCUUCAACUGACGGACCUGCUCACAUGGAGGCUCAUUGGCCUACAUAGAACUUCCUCUGCCACUUCAUUGGCUGUUCUCCACUCUCUGGCUCGAUACAGCCGCUACCUAGCCCUGCUGGACCUGGAUCAGAGGACGCUGCGUUGCCCAACCUACUCAGGCUCCCUGAUUGGCCGAAUUGCUAACCGUCACUCCAGCAUAUGCAGGGGCAGGACAUAUCUGCUCCACCUGGAGAGCUGCUUGACCGCCCUGGCCAAUCAGGCGUUGCUGUACACGUUUCAUCCCGUCUUUGGUCGUGACGGGGAUGAUAACGUUGGUGAUGGAGAAGCCCUGCUUCUGGCGCGCGGGUUCUGCAGCAGUGAGGACGAUCUGAGAGUGAUGCGUUUCCUGUCUGAUUUAAUCAAACAGUACCAUGCAGGGCGUGGCCCACCGGUCCUGAUCGUGUCUUACAGACCGACGCAGAUCCACAAACAUAUGACUGCGACAUAAUCAUGUUUUUCAAAUUUGAAAAGUAUUUUGAUAGACUUCUUCACAGACCCUUUUCACCCUGGCGUCAUUGUAGGAUAGCAAACUCCCCCAUGACAAUGAAAAAGCAGACUCGUUUUAAAAAAAAUAUGUAAGGAAUGCCACAAAUGUUCCUCUUAUAAACUAAAUUCACAUUUUAUUCUGCAAUAGAAAAAGCUGCAAUGUUUUAAAAUGUUUUUCACCCAUAUUGCUCCAUUACGUUUCACAAGAUUUUUUUCAAUAUAUAACAGCUCAGGUGCAACACAGCAUUGGUUUGAACAUAACCACCAACAUGGCAGCUUUAGAAAAUAGAUGAGACGUUAACGUUAAGUUACACUUGAAAAAGAAGACUAUGAAUACACUUCAAACACCACCAAUGCAAAUCAAAUAAGCCACAAAAGUCUUCUGAAGCCGUCAUCACAUCCUGGUGUCCAUGUUCCUAGCAUGAAUCCAUGCAGAGGCAACUUUCUCCUAUACCAGAGUUCAAAUCUCCAGUCAAGUGUUGUAGGGAUUGUCAGCAACAGUGAGAGCAUGGAUAUGCUCAGUGGGAGGAUAUGAAGACAUUCAAGGGGUUCCAGAAGGAUGUGAAGAACACGGUGAAGCAGUACAGACCGUUGAUUUCAACAACUGCUUAUGUACUACAGACAAAUCCACAAGGCACCUGUACACUCAGCCACUGGUACUUGAGAGGGUAGACCACGAUCCAUUGUUGUACCGCAGGUGAUCAGGUCUUGGGGAGGGAAAUAGACACAGCUUGGGUCAGUGAAGGGUACAUCUACUGUGGCCUGUGAACCUCUCAGCAACUCAAACCCUUUUCCAUCAAAACCCUGCCAAUGUGCUUUGAAAAUGUGACCCGUUAACCCACCUGUGGAAUUAUUUUAAUGCUUUAUAAAGAAAACAUUAAUUGAUGCAAAAUCUGGUGAAGGAUACCGUUAUUGCUUGUUUUUAUGAGUGUUUUAAUACUGUUAUUGUUUGUUUUGAUAAGUAACUUGUAUGCCGAGGUGCCAGGAUUAUUUUUGCUUACAGGUACAAUCAUGGCUGGGACUGCACCUUUGGGACACACGGUUUGGACAGAGACCGGACUGCCUGCUCAAAAAGAAAAGUCACAGUUAGCAAUGCAUAACAUAACCAAUGACGUGAGACAUUGUGGCAACCAGAUACACACAAGGAUACAGCUAGGUCAGUUGAUUGGUACAGUGACUCACAGUAUGUGCUGAUAAGGCCACAUCAGAACAGGAGAAGACAUGAAACACAAGGGAAGACAAAUUGGAUGUUCAUUAAAAAUCAACAUUGUUAAUGAUGCCAAUUAAAACACUAUAGGCUGAAUCAUCUACCCCCGGUUUCCAUAGUGUGCCGAUGUAGUAACGUCUUACUUACUGAUCCCAAACAACCGGUGAGGUGGAGGGGCGAGGCGGCGAGUGGUGUUCCAACGGGACAGGGGAGGCCUGGUCGCCUAUGAGGAGGAAAAAAACACUUGUCCAGGCAUAUCUCACUUUAUCACCCACACCUUUGACCACAAGUUUAACAUGUCAAGAAACUAUUGGAUUGUAAUGAUCUUUAUCUCCUAUUGCAUUUUAGGGGCAGAGGAAAACAGAAAUGGAAGUAAGGCCAAGGGAGGUGCAGGUUGUUAUACUAUCUAGGA